AUGGCAUCAAAACGCAAAGCAGUCGAAUCACCCGAGGGCGAGCAGAAGCGACACAUUCCUCCCCAACCCCCCGAGCCGUGUCCUUUCCUCAUCCAGGUUCCCACUAUCAUUGACGUUGACGUGCGCGGUGAUCGAAUUCUGGUCGUUGGCACGAAUCAGUGCAAGAUCAUGGCAGAUGGAACCCACGAACACAAGGAGGCAAAGUCUUUCCGUAUAUGCUCUCGGGCUCUGGCACGCUCUUCUCCCGUUAUGCGAGCGAUGCUUUUCGGAAAAUUCACUGCGGCAACUCAGGAUACCAUUAAUUUUCCCGAAGAUGACACCGCUGCCAUGGAGAUGCUUUUGCAACUUUCACAUGGUAAUUUGACUCCGGUCUACGACUUUACCCUCAAGCACGACGUGAGUCAGCCAGAUCCCAUCUUUGUCGAUGAGGUUUACGAAAUGGUGGCCCUUGCAAACAGAUACCUCAUGUCACACCAUCUUCGUACAUGGGCGAGGGAUUGGGCCUCAAUUCUCCUCAAGGGCAAUAGAUUCUUCCCUUCUUGUCCUCAUGCAGUUAGAUACAAGAAGAUGGAAAAAUCGCUGUUCAUUGCCAGCGUCUUCGGCCAUCUACAAUUGUAUGCGGUCGUUUUCUCUGACCUAGUCUGGAGUCAACGAAGAGACCAAAAGCUUUUCGCCACUAGUAUCGAGCCAGACGGCGUCGCAGAUAGUCUCCGCAAAGUCCGAUUGCACCAAAUUAAGGGUAUCCUGGAUCCCAUUCAUGAGGCAAUCGGUAGUUUUCUCGGUGAAAAUGAUUCUAGCCUUUACGCCUGCAAUCAAGACACACAGCAUCUCCAAAGCCAAUGCAAGGCAUACACCUUGGGAGCGCUGAUGAGAGAUCUCAACAAGGAGUCUCUAUGGCCGCUGCCAAAUCCGGAAAGCGUACACGAGGCGACUGGUUACUUUUGUGCCAAAAUCAAACGAAGUUUGUGGUCAGAUUACACCCAGAUCCAUCCUGACUGUCCUAUUCCACAAGCCCUAGUCAAACAAAUGAGGCCAUUUACGCCGAGGCUCAACGACACGCAAGAAUACCCUUGGCCACCGAGAUCCAUUGUGGACUCAUUGUUGUUGAGAGCAGAAGAGUUUGGUUUGCGCCCUACCUAUCCCGAAUGGUUCGUGACCGAAGGGUCUGAACUAAAAUACAAUUGUUCGAUACGCAGCGUAUCCCAGGAUAAUACCAUCUCAUGGAGUGUUACCAAGCUGCCGAGGGAGAUGCGUUGGUAG